CCCUUUCUCGCCUCUCGCCCCUUCCCCCUUUUUGCUAGUCCCGCCCGAUUCGCCCUUCUCGCCCGCCGCCUGGGCAGGCGCUGGUUUCUAAGUGCUCACUGUGUUAGCCCUGACCACAGCGUUCCUUCUGUCUGCUUCCUCUGCAAGGUUUUUCACUACUGCGGUGUGUUUUUUGGUUUUUAUUGCCAUUUUCUGCUCUUCCUGGAGCGCGGAAUUGCUCGAAGCCGUUCUGCAGCUAUUUCCAUAGGGUCCUGAAGUGAGUGGUAAUAUGUUCAUGUGAUCGUUUGCUGCCUUAUUUCUAAUUGAGGUGUUCAAGUGUAGGGUGCUUUUUCUGUAGCACCUCGUAUCUUUUUGUAGAUCAUAUGGGGACAUCUAGAGCAUAAGUUAGCAUUUCAAGGAUGUGGGGAACUCUCCAGUCAAAACUGAUCCUGAAAGGCAGAUAGUUGAGUUUGGAUUGCUUUCUCAUGGUGUCGUGCAGUCUAGUUUUCUUGUCUGUACUCCUUAUCAUUCUUCAUGGUGCUUCUGCUUUGAAGACCUCUGUAGUAUUCCAUUUCAGUCUUUUAUUUUUUAACGUGAGGAAAUGUUCCUCACACAUAAACUGCUCUAAAUCUUUUUCUAUCUUCUCGCCUUCUUUGGAACCCUUCCUGGGCUCCUCUCUCCUUCUUAUCGUCUUAAGAAGGGGAGCACCUCCAGAAAAUAUUCAAAGUGUUGGUGAAUCUUGUUUCCACAAACUUGAAUGAAGUGCGUUGUUUUCUUCCAUGGUGUCAUAAGUCUUAUUUUAUUGAUUGGCACUGAGAACAGAUCUGAUAUAUCUUUGUCACUGUUUUCUCUAUGUCCAAGAUAUUAUUUCAGAACCAUAAAUGGUUAUUUCAUUGUCAGUUACUGUCUCUGUUGAGGCCACAUUUUUUUCCUCAUCUGCUCAGCUUCGUGGUGUCGUGCGUCAAAAAUAUGUUGCCAUUUUCCCACCUAGGUCUUCAGGGUCGUCAACGGUUUCUGCAGUUCUUCUCAGGAGACCUGUAUUUUAGCUUUGCCCCAUAGGGUAAUAUCUCCCAUAGCCUUUGUUACAUUACUCUUCAUGACUUUUUGAGAUCCCUUGAUGAGCUAUUAAAUGGCACAGUUCCUGGAAAAUAUCUCUGCCCAACUGCAGUGUUGACCUUACUUUCUCAAGUGCCCAGGUUUGAUUUUCCUGCCAUCUGUGUAGUUAAUCACAACUCUAACUGUUGCUUUCAGCCUUCUUUCAUUUUGUAUGGAGUGUCUUCAAUUGUGUAAGUUUUUCUGUCUUGCAGGUAGGGCAGUUUUAAUGAUCUUUUUGCUUUUAGCUGCUGCAAAGUGUGCGUUCCCAGUCAUUUCUUAAUCAGAAGUCUGUCUCCUUUUUGAUUUUCCUCUGAAACAGAGCUCAUGCAAGGUGGCAACAGUUGGUACUCCAGGUUCCCUGUUCACUUUGCAUGGCAUAUAUUAUUUUGUGAAGCACUACAAAAUUACUAUGGACAUAGAAAAGAUAGUAGAAGCAUUUCACGUUGCCCCUUUUUAAGUAUGGUGCAAAUUUACUUUCUAAUGCAAAGAAUGGCAGAAGAGCAGCAACCAAGGUAGGUGUGAAAAACGUGCAGCUGUAGUGCUAUAUUAGGCAAGAUGCAUUGCUAGAGGACUUGUUUUUGGUGGGCAAAUAUAUUUGUAGAAGCACCUUGGCUAUGGCUCCUGACUGCUAGUUCCAUGUACCCGGCAGUGCUAGGCUUUGUCUUUCUGGUUUUUUUUUGUUCCCCCCCUUAUUCCUGAGAAUACUUCUUAAAAUAAACCAUUAUUUUGUGUUUUGUUGUGUGUGUGCCUUAUGAUGAUCAUCUGAAUAUGAACUGCAAUUACACCUGAAACUCCUGAUUCUCCUGUAGACAGCGUGGCUUAGCUUGCCUUUCUCAAGAGACGUGUCAGUAAUUGUGAGCAAGAGCCAUGUUGCCAAAUAGUGCUGACUGUUUCAUUUCAGAAUUUGUGCCCCUUGCCAUCACUGUGGUUCACUGUCUUGUAGUCUCUUAAGGUGAUGUUCACCUUAAAAGAAUGCUGUGAGACUUCAGGUUUAAUUUCUGUUUCUGCCUUCAUAGAAGUGGAUACAGAAACAUUGGCAAUACAGCAGAGAUUUGAGAGGCUGGGCAAAACCUGUUUGCUUUUCCAGCCCUGUCUCCCUGAAAUCCUGAACAGUGAUCCCUGAACUCAGCCCUGACAAUGGAGGCCUGGAAAUAAAUCAAGACAAUUGUUAGAAUACCAACAGGUGUACUUAAAGAUGACCUAUCGACAGACCUACCUGGAUUAUUUUAGCAUUAGGUAUCUUCAUUUUGUUUUGACCUCCUCUUGAAUCACUGAUGCUUCUGUGGUAGAACCAGCAAAUCACUCCUGUGUGAAAUCAUCUGGUUUGUGGUGCUGCCUGGCCUGCUUGGCCUGCAUGGUGGGGUAGCAGCAAGUCUCUGUAGCUGUGUAGAGAAGGGACCCUGAUGUAUUUGUGUCAGUGGAUAAGGUGGGAGUCUGGGAACAUGUUCUAAGACGACAAGUACCUUGCCAGAGCAGUGGUGCAACCCUUUUAUGUUGUCUUCAGUUAUGGGAUGUGUGGACGACUGUACUGUAUCCUGCUGCGGCUUAUGUCCAUCAAUAAUGGGCACAUUGUUUUACUGUACUGUGAGCGCCUACCUGCCUAAACAGGUAAGAAAGAACUCAUGAUUCAUUUUGCAGCUACAAGUGGGGAAAUAAAACUUAUGGGAAAUACUUCACUGAGACAUGUCAAAACUACUAGAGAGCUCAGGUUCCCUGAGCUGUUUCACCCUUCUGAGAGGAUCUGUGCUGUGUGAGUUAUGUUUAGACUGACAUACGAGUUAGGAAAUCACUGAUGGAGUUGAAAGUCUUUGGAAUUUGUAUGCAUUGCUGGUUUCUUUAUGUCAGACCUAUGUUUCAAAGGGCAAACCCAUUCUGGUACGGAUAAACACAGAAUUUGUUUGUAAUACAAUGUCCUCACUCUAUUAUUUAUUGCAUGAAAACCAAGGAGAGUGCAUGGGAUUGCUCAGCCUUGUCACUGUCACAAAGCCAUGAGAAAGGGAGCAAUUUCUGCUUUUUUUUUUCAGCGUUGCUGCACCAGACACAAAUGCCAUGUGAAUCUAUUUCUUCUGGAGACCUGAAUAUUUUCCAUAGAUGAAAGAUGAAGGAUAUGGUCUUCCUCUGUAGAGGAAACAGCUGCACUCUCUUUGUAAAUAAAUAAAUAAAUGAGGAAACUGAGUUAUGCCUCCUCAACAACAUGUAGGGAACACAGAGUCAGAUGAGAAGUGGGGUAGGCUCUUUUCAGUGAACACCUCCCCAGAUGUGAUUCAUGGGUUAAUGUAGGUAUUUAGGAAACGUUUUGGCAAGUAUAUAUCAGCUAAGUGGCUUUAGGAAAGAGAAGAAGAAGAGGGAAGAAGAUGAGGGGAGAAAAGAACAGAAGACCACCUGCUAUCAUUUUUUCGAAAUGUUCCGAAGGGAAAGCGCGGAGCGUGUCGGACGCGGAGGCGGAGUCACAGCCCGUCCUUUUUCGAGCGGAGCGCUGCUACCAGGCACGGGAGGAUGACAGGAGGCGGCUGCAGCGGAAGAAGCCGCGGUCGGACACGAGAUGCCGCUGUUGACCGUGAAGGUGCUCUGAGCUCGGGGGAGGGCGCAGCUCCUCCCGGAUCCGUUGUUACGGUUGCCAUCAGCGAGCAGGCGGCGGCGGAAUGCAGGAACGACAAGCUGGGCCGGGCGGGGCGGCGGACCUCGGAGUGACGCCCCGCGCCUACCGGGAAUCCCUUGGGGCGGGCGUCCGUGCGGCGGCGGGGAGCCGUGCGGGGCCCGGGCGGGUGGAGGCGGCGGCGGCGGCGGCGGCGAUGGGCGUGUGGUGGGGGCCCGUGGUGCGUGUGCUGGUGCUGCAGGCGGCCUGGGCGCUGGUCGGCGGGCAGGUGCGCUACUCGGUGCCGGAGGAAGCCAAGGCCGGGACGGUGGUGGGGCGCCUGGCGCAGGACCUGGGCCUGGAGGCGGUGGAUCCGGAGGCGCGGCGGCUGCGGCUGGUGGCGCAGGGCCGGCGGGCGAGCGUGGAGGUGAGCGGGGCGAGCGGGGCGCUGGUGGUGAGCUCGCGGCUGGACCGGGAGGAGCUGUGCGGGAAGAGCGCGCCGUGCGCCCUGCGCCUGGAGGUGCUGGUGGAGCGGCCGCUGCGCGUCUUCCACGUGGAGCUGGAGGUGACCGACAUCAACGACAACGCCCCGCUCUUCCCCGUGAACGAGGAAGCCUUUACCAUCGCGGAAUCGUCGCUGCCGGGGUCUCGGUUCCCGCUGGAGGGCGCGUCGGACGCAGAUAUCGGAGCCAACGCGCAGCUCUCCUACACACUCAGCCCUAGCGAGCACUUUAACCUGGAUUUGCAAAAAACCGAGGAAGACGGGGAGUCCUUAUUCUUGGUGCUCGACAAACCGCUGGACCGGGAGACGGUGGCUGUGCACCGGUUGGUGGUGACGGCGAGUGACGGGGGCCGGCCGCCGCUGACGGGCAUGAUGGAGGUGGUGAUCUCUGUGCUGGACGCGAACGACAACGCGCCCCAGUUCAACCAGUCGGUGUAUAAAGUGAAGGUCUUAGAGGGGUCAGAGCUCGGGACUCUGUUAAUCAAGCUAAGUGCCACGGAUAUGGACGAAGGGAUCAAUAGCGAUAUAAUGUAUUUUUUCAGUAAGCGUGUCGCUGCUCAAGUAAAAGAAGUGAUCUCUAUCGACGAAAACAAAGGAGAAAUUAGACUUCAAGGGAAAUUAGACUAUGAAGAAAUAGACAGUUAUGAGAUAACAAUAGAAGCAAGAGACAAAGGGACGCCCCCGCUGUCGGGUCACUGCAAGGUGGUGUUGGAGGUGGUGGACGUGAACGACAACGCGCCGGAGGUGUGGGUGACGUCGCUGUCGGUGCCGGUGCCGGAGGACGCGGCGGUGGGGACGGUGGUGGCGCUGCUGAGCGUGUCGGACCGGGACUCGGGGGCGAACGGUCGGGUGCGCUGCGCGGCGUGGCCGCCGUCGCCGUUCGGGCUGGUGUCGACGUUCGCGGGCUCGUACUCGCUGGUGCUGCGGGAGUCGCUGGACCGGGAGCGGGUGGCGGAGUACGAGGUGGAGGUGCGGGCGGAGGACGGCGGGGCGCCGCCGCUGCGCGCCAGCCGCGCGGUGCGGGUGCCGGUGUCGGACGUGAACGACAACGCGCCGGCGUUCGCGCAGGCCGUGUACACGGUGCUGGCGCGGGAGAACAACGCGGCGGGCGCGGAGCUGGCGCGGCUGUGGGCGCGGGACCCGGACGAGGCGGGCAACGGGCGCGUGAGCUACUCGGUGGCGGAGGGCGGCGGCGGGGGCGCGGCGGCGGUGGUCGGGGGGUGGCGCCCGGCGUCGAGCUACGUGUCGGUGGACGCGGAGAGCGGGCGGCUGUGGGCGCUGCAGCCGUUGGACUACGAGGAGGUGCAGGUGCUGCAGUUCGAGGUGCGGGCGGUGGACGCGGGGGAGCCGCCGCUGUGCGGCAACGCCACGGUGCAGGUCUUCGUGGUGGACGAGAACGACAACGCGCCGGCGCUGCUGCCGGCGGCGGGCGGCGGGCCGUGGGCCGGUGCGUCGGGCUCGGCGGCGGCGUCGGGGCCGGGCUCGGGGGCGUUGUGGGCGUGGGCGGCGUGGGGGGCGCCGGCGGGGCAGGUGGUGGCGAAGAUCCGCGCGGUGGACGCGGACUCGGGCUACAACGCGUGGCUGCGCUACGAGCUGUGGGAGCCGCGGGAGAAGGGCCCGUUCCGCGUGGGGCUGUACAGCGGCGAGGUGAGCACGGCGCGGGCGCUGGAGGAGGCGGACGGCCCGCGGCAGAGGCUGGUGAUCGUGGUGCGGGACCACGGGGAGCCGGCGCGCUCGGCCACGGCCACGCUGAGCGUGUCGCUGGUGGAGGGCGCCGAGGCGGCGCUGGCGGCCGCGGGCUCGUCCUCGUCCUCCUCGUCGUCCCCGUCCUCGUCGGGGGCGGGGCUGCGGCCGGCGGCGGGCGCGGAGGGCGGCGCGGCGGCGGCGGCGGCGGCGGCGGCGGCGACGACGAACGUGUGGCUGGUGGUGGCCAUCUGCGCGGUGUCGAGCCUGUUCCUGCUGGCGGUGGUGCUGUACGGGGCGUCGCGGUGGGCGCCGCGGGCGGCCGUGCUGUCGGGGCCCGGGCCGGCGACGCUGGUGUGCGCCAGCGAAGUGGGGAGCUGGUCGUACUCGCAGCGCCAGAGCCGGAGCCUGUGCGUGGCGGACGGCGCGGGCAAGAGCGACCUGAUGGUUUUCAGCCCCAACUUCCCGCCGCCGCCCGGCCCAGUGGUAGAAAACGUUUCUGCUGGCACGGGUCCGUCUCUCUCCGCACUUGCUUCAGGCGUGCCAAAACACCCCAAUCCUGACUGGCGUUACUCUGCAUCCCUAAGGGCAGGAAUGCAAAGUGCUGUGCAUAUGGAGGAGGCAGGAGUCCUACGUGGAGGACCAGGAGGGCCGGAUCAGCAGUGGCCAACAGUCUCCAGUGCUACUCCAGAACCUGAGGCCGGAGAGGUGUCCCCCCCAGUGGGAGCUGGUGUGAACAGCAACAGCUGGACCUUUAAAUUUGGACCGGGCAAUCCCAAACAAGGUGGUCCUGGUGAGUUGCCAGACAAAUUCAUUAUCCCAGGAUCUCCUGCAAUCAUCUCCAUCCGGCAGGAGCCACCAAACAGCCAAAUUGACAAAAGUGACUUCAUAACCUUUGGCAAGAAGGAAGAGACCAAGAAAAAGAAGAAAAAGAAGAAGGGAAACAAGACUCAGGAGAAAAAAGAAAAGGGCAACAGCACCACUGAGAACAGUGACCAGUGAGGGGUUUAUACUGAAAGAAUCUACUUAGUCAGUUUUUGUAAUAAUGGCAGAUUUCUCCUAUGUAGCAACUCCUAACUUCUUCCUACUGUUAACAAAUUUCCUGUAUGUACAGACUUGAGAAAAUCAGCAGGAAAUUCACAGUGUCUGUCUAAAUUGCAUAACAGGUUUUGUCUUAAAAGCUUUAUUAAGUCUGGUGUUAACUCUUUUUCUCCACUCUGGCUUGUUUUCAGAACCUAAAAAGCAGACACAAGUUUCCUUUCUCCUACGCCGAAAAGGAGAAUCUUCACAGUACAGCCAGUGAGAGGUUGGACUCUCUGCACUGUGGUUCCUGUGCUCCUGUCUUGAUGACACUUACAGGACAGGUUUAAAAGUUUUAAUGUUGUGCACCCUCUAUCUGACUGGAAAUAUUUGUGUGCAGAUGUCAGCUAGGUGAUAUGAAAUCAGAUUAUAAUAUGCAAGAAGAGCUGGUAAAUAUGCAACAGAGGAAACACCUAAUGAACGUAAAUGUUCAGAGAUGUUCAGGCUGGGGAGGAAAUGUCUGAAAGGAGAUGACCAGACUUCAAAUUUUGAGAAGUCACUGUGUGGGAAUACUGAGUCCUAUACAUGAUGUAUUGUACACACUCCUGCAAAUAAAACCUUAUGUUUACAGCUCUUUAAGCUACCAUAAAUUUUAUCUCUUACCAAGCAAGCCAUUGGAUAAAUUGUCCCUUAAAGCCCAACAUCACCCUGGCAAGGCUAGCCCUUGGAGUGUAAGCAGGGCUGGGCUGACAUCCCAGGAAUGUAACUGACUAUGAUGCUCUGUGCCCCUAUUUCCACUCUAACAUUAUUUUGCACAAUAUGUCUCUGAAAAGGUCAGAGUUUUUCCACGACACUUAUGCAAAAGAGAGAAAAAAGAAACAUUAACUAUGCUAUUUGUUAUUUGAGAUAUUUAUUUAUAAAGAAAUAUAGCUGUAAAUGUUAGAAAUAUGAUGCCCUUUAACCCAAACAGAAGUCAAUCUAGAGCCAUUAUAAAUUACAAUUGCUGCUACAAAAGUGCUUUAGAAAAAUUGCCUGAAACAUCUGUAUUAUAUCGGCCACUUGCCAAUAACAGCUUUAUUCUGUCGGGUGACCUGGGGGCUGCCUCUUGCAUGUAUUAAUAAAUACAAGAAUAUAUUUUUUUUCAUUAUUCUGCACUUUGAAUACACCUUCGCAAACAAACUGCCCUAAUAUGAAGAAGCAGAAGCAAACUCCUCACACAAAUGGAUUUACUGACCUGCUAGCUCUGUGCAGUACCUUGGUGUUACCUUCCACACAACCUUUUCUGAUUUUAGUUUUACUUUUCUAUAAGAUUAUGAAUUUCUGAACCUACUAACACUCAUUAUGUAAAAUUCAAGUACUGUAUGUAUGCUGUAUGCUCUUAUAAGAAUCCUGAAAUAUUUAUUCUGUGCUUGUGUAUGUGAAUGUCAAUGCAACUAUUAUUAGACUGGACUUUAAGCUUUACCGUUGAAUGUAAAUUCAUUAUUUCUUUUUUGUACACUUGUGAAAAAGUGGAGUAGUGUUAAUUUUUUAAGCCACUGUUCAUUAUCAGUUCUUUUGUGUAUGAAACACAAGUAAAAUAUCUUUCUUAAAUCAAGCCAUGCAUGCAUUUUUGGGAUUUAUUGGUAAAAAUCUGUGAACCUAGAGCUCUGUGAAUUACUAAACCUAAGGGUAUAAAUGGAGUACGGAAUGUGGUUAAGGAUGCUGUUAUAAAAUCAAUUCAUGUAUUUUUAAAUAUAGCUGAUGAGGGAAUUCCAAGGAGUUUUCUACAUUAUUGUGUAUUCACAGAAUAAUGCUCAAGUGUCAUUAAUUGGAACUGUGUAAGAAACUACAUAGUUCUAAAAUUUUUAACAGGCCCUUUAAUCUAGGAUCAAAGAGAACAACUGGACUUCUUGAGAUAUGUCCUGGAUGUUUUAAGUUUCCAAACUGCUGACAGAUCAGAAUAGGACAAUUCCUAUUAAUUUUUAAGAACCUGAGCAAGUCUUAAAACAUCACAGAAGGUAAAGGUCUAAUAAAAGAAUUCAUAUAUCAAAGCCUGAACCACCAA